AUGAAUGAACAGAAAUUAAAGAAGCAAAAAUUUUUGAAUAAUUUACAACAUAAUAUUUGUAAAAAUUACAAAUUAUAUCACAGUGAUUUUUAUGAUGAGUUCGAUAAAUUUCUAUUUAACUAUAGUGUAGUGUUAUUAAACCCUUCUAAAAAAAAUGAUCUUUUAUGUAGUCAAUUAAACUUUUUAUGUUUCACGUGUCACUACUUUAGUGAUUUAAAGGAAAUUAAACAAGAGCUUGAAAAAGAAGAAGAAGAAGGGGGGAAGGGUGCUAAUAAAAAUAUGUUUACAAGUGAAUAUGAUUUUGAAUUUAGCGACAUCGAAACAGAUGAUGAUAUAAAAAGUGAGAAUAAUAAAAGUGACGAUUUUAAUGAUAUAGAAAAAAAAGAUAUGUUAAAUGAUGCAAAGGUAGAAAGAGAUACAUAUGAUGAAUACAAUGAAUUAUUAAACAUAAAUUUAGAAUUAAAGAAAAAAGAAAUAUGUAAUAAUAUUAAUAAUGAAAAAAAUAUAAAAGAUAUUGAAGAAGAAGAAGAAAAAAAAAUUCAAAACAAAAAAGAUACAAAAGACCCUUUAAAUAAAUAUCAUGAUUUAAAUGAAUAUAUAAACUUUUUAAUGAUUAAAAAUAAAGAGAAAAUAAAUUUUGUAGAAGAAUUAUUUUUUCUAGUUACACAACUAGUAAUUCAUUUUAAACAUAAUUUAUAUAAUUCUGUUUUAUUAAGUAUAAUCAAAACAUUAAGACAAAUAAGAAAAUAUGUAGAUAGUAUUAAAUAUUUACAAGUGUUUAUUUUUUUAAGCGAUAUAAAAAUUAAUAAAAUUAAAUGCUAUAUAUUUAAAUGUGUCAUGGACAAAAUUAUUUUUAUACAUAAAAAUAAAAAAGUAAAUAAAAUAAAGAAUCAUAUACAAAAUAAUAAUUCAGUUACUAAUAAAAAUAAUAAAGAUUUAAAAAAUGAUAUCCUUUAUUUAUUACAUGAAGCAUUUAUAGAAUGUGGUCAAAAAAAAAGAAUACGAAAAAAAUAUUCCUCAUCGAAUUUUAGUUAUUUUAAUAAUAUUACCAUAAAUGAAACUAUUAAUAAUUUUUCUUGUAGUGUUUUAAUAGAAUUAAUGAAGAAAAAUAUUUUCGUAAAUAAAAUAAAUGUAAACCUAAUUAGCGAAGGUAUCUUUUAUAAAAAUUUAAAAAUUGUAAAAUGUGUUUGUUAUGCUCUUCUAGGAAAAUAUGAUAAUAAAGAACUCGUUGUUAAAAUUGAAAAACAAAAAAUUGAUAAAAAUAAAAAAAUCGAAGAAUUAAAAAAUAUAAGUAAUCAAACACAUCAGAAAUUAACAAAAUCAAAAAUCAAACAACUACAUAUUAAAAAAGAAAAAAUUAUGGAAGAAAUUUAUAAUAAUCAUAAUUCAUCAUCAGAUGAUGAAAAGGAACUUAUAGGAACAACAAAAAAAAAAAAUCGAAAAAAAAAAAUUGAUCUAUCAAAUUAUGUUAAUUAUACAUUUAUUGAUUUCUUAUUUGAUGCUUAUACAUAUUCAUCCAAUAUAUUCAAUUUAAUAUGUUCGAAAUAUCAAUUUAAUAAUGGUACCAUCAAAUUAUUAUUAUUAAACAUUUUAUGUAGAAUUUAUCAACGGAAUAAAAUUAUUGAAGAGAAUUUUUUUUUAUAUUAUGAAAAUGUUUUAUUACAUUUAAAAAAUAAAAACACUAUUUCAAAGUAUUUAUCCAUAUUUAUUCAAUGUUUACAUGAUUAUAUUCCGACACCUUUUAUACAAAGAAUUGUUUGUGUGCUAAUCAAAAAAUUUUUAUGUGAACACCUGUCAGAAGAAUUUGUAUAUCUCAUUAUUAAUUCUAUCAUAGAAAUUAUUAUCAAAUUCCCAAAUUGCUUAAACCAAGAAAUAUUUGAAGCAGUUAUUGUUUUCAAAGAUUAUAAAAAUAAACAAAUUUCAACCAUCAUAAGGAGAUUUAUUAAUAUUUGUAAACAUGUAAAUCCACAAGUGUUACAUAAAAAAUUUUUGGACAAACAAACAGCCAUUUUGGUGCAAAAAAAAAAAAUUCUGAACAAGUCAGGCGAAAGUGUUCAGGAAAAUUCCUUGUUGCAAUAUUCCUAUUUGCUUGGAAAAGUUGGGACUGAAAAAAAGAAGAAGAAAAAUAAUAAAAGGGAAAAGGGUGAAAAUAAUUUGGUUGAUGGUAAUAUGAAUGGAAACGAGACAAGUGAUGAUGAUAUUAAUGGUAAGGAGAUAAGUGAUGAUGAUAUUAAUGGUAAGGAGAUAAGUGAUGAUGAUAUUAAUGAUGAGGAGAUAAGUGAUGAUGAUAUUAAUGAUGAGGAGAUAAGUGAUGAUAAUAUUAAUGACGAUAAUAUUAAUGAUGAUAAUAUUAAUGACGAUAAUAUUAAUGACGAUAAUAUUAAUGACGAUAAUAUUAAUGACGAUAAUAUUAAUGACGAUAAUAAUAAUGACGAUGAUGUGGACAGAAAAAGAAAAAAUAACGAAAUAGAAACGAAUGAUAACAACAAAGAUAAUACAUUAUUACAUUUAAAUAAAAAAUUCAAGAAAGAGAAAAGAAAAGAAGAAAAAAUAAAAAAAGAAUUAGAUAUAGUAGAGAAGAAUAAAAAGAUUUUAUGUGAACGAAUAUUAACAGAUGAAGAUUUUAAAAAAUUAAAAAAAAUGAGAGAUUAUAUUGCAAAUAACAAAACAGUGGUAUUAUCAGAAUUACAAGAUAUAUGUAAUGCUGAAGAAAGUGAUGAAGAUUCAUCAGAUAAUAGCUCCGAUAGUGAUAAGGAAAAAAUUAUUACAGAAGAGGAUUUAUUAUAUAAGAAGAAAUUAAAGAAAAGUCAAUUGAUGAAAAUAAAAACAAAUAAAAGUGAAAAUAAUAGAUUUAAAACAAAUAGAGAAAAGGAAAAAAAAAAAUCAGUCAUGAUGUUAAUACAAAAAUUUAAAGGAAAAAAAAAAAAAAAUGCUUUAACCGAAUAUGGUAAACUUAAAAAAAAACUCAAAGGGAAAUUGGCCGCACGAGCAAAAAAAAAAGGAAUACUUCAAAAGAGAAUAGCCAAAAAAUUGAGCAGAAGAAAAAGAUAA